CUUUGCCUCAAGUUUCCAAUAGGCUUUCCCGUCUCAUACUCGGGCAAACACUCAUAAUGGCCGACUACUGGAAGUCGCAGCCGAAGAAAUUCUGUCAGUACUGCAAGUGCUGGAUAGCGGACAACAAGCCUAGCAUCGAGUUCCACGAAAGAGGAAAGAACCACAAAGAAAAUGUGGCUGCUAAAAUUGCUGAGAUUAAAAAGAAGAGCAUUGACAAGGCAAAGCAAGACGAACGUAUGUCCAAAGAGUUUGCAGCGAUGGAGGAGGCUGCGCUUAAGGCAUAUCAAGAAGACAUGAGGAGGAUGGAGCUAGAAUCAGGUUCACAAGGCCAAACAACAGCCCAGGCACAACCUCUGUCUCAAAAACGAGAAGAGCCUAAAAAGAAAAAGCAGAAGAAAUCUGUAGAGCCCAAAGAGGCAGAGACUUGGUUGGAGGGAAAGACAGACGACGGACAUACAUACUACUACAACUCAAUAACUGGAGAAUCUCGGUGGGAGAAGCCAGAGGGUUUCCAGGGAGAAAGCUCGGGCUCUAUAGAGCUCGGACAGAGUGAGAACUCUUCCUCAGCAAGUGCUUGGAUGGAGGCUGUCAGUUCCGAGGGUUAUACCUACUAUUACAACACAAAGAAUGGAGAGUCCAGUUGGGAGAGGCCAGCUGAUUUUCCAGCUAAGGAGGAAUCUGGAGCUGGAUCUGGAUCUGGUUCGAGCAAAGAGGAAGAAGUUCAGGAGGAAAUCGCCAGUCCUCAGCCGGAGCCUUUAUCGGGGGGAGAGGAGAGUUCCGAUGGCGCCAAAUCAUCCAGUGAGGAACAGCCCAAAAUCCCGAAGAUCCACUUCAGGAAAAGGAAAGUGGAGGCAGAGCCCUCAAACAGGGAGGGACAGGAUACAUCUGAGGGUGACAAAAACAGUGAGGAUGAUAAUGGGGAGAAAGGAGAGGACAAGGCCCAGGAGACAGCUGCUGAACCUGAGGAGAAGAAAGAGGAGGCGAACAAAGAGACACAGGCCAAGAAGCGGAAGACAGCAAAUCCAUACGGGACCUGGGAACAGAUCCAGAUAGAGGAGGACCCAUAUGCCAACGUGGACCUUCAGCUGCCGCAGGUGGAGGGCAGUGCUUCCAGUGCUCCAGAUGAACUGGCUCCAGAGCCCGAGCCCAAGUUCAAGGAGCGCACCAUCACCUCCCUCGGAGAUGAGGGCGGUUCCGCUUCGUUUAGGAAAAGCAAGACACAGAAUGGCAAAUCGAGGAGUCUCCGGCAGAGGGCCUCGGACGAUUAACUUUUAAAAAUGGAUAACCUUUUUAAUCAAAUUUGCAGCUGGUUUAUAAUGGGAAUUCUGUAGAAGACAGGGCUAUGUUAAGAUUUCUUUCAAUUUAGGGGCGUCCGGGUAGCGUAGCGGUCUAUUCCGUUGCCUACCGACACAGGGAUCCCGGUUCGAAUCCCUGUGUUGCCUCCGGCUUGGUCGGGCCUCCCUACAGACACAAUUGGCCGUGUCUGCGGGUGGGAAGCUGGAUGUGGGUAUGUGUCCCGGUUGCUGAACUAGCGCCUCCUCUGGUCGGUCAGGGCGCCAGCUCGGGGGAAUAGCGUGAUCCUUCCACGCGCAACGUCCCCCGGGCGAAACUCCUCACGGUCAGGGGUCAGGUGAAAAGAAGUGGCUGGCGACUCCACAUGUAUCGAAGUCUGCAGCCCUCCCCGGAUCGGCAGAGGGGGUGGAGCAGCGACCGGGGCGGCUCGGAAGAGCGGGGUAAUUGGCUAAGUACAAUUGGGGAGAAAAAGGGGGGGGUAUCCAAAAAAAUGUUUUUUUAAAUAUUUCUUUGUUUUUGUUUUGUUUUUUUGUGGGGGGGGGUAGACAGAAACAUUUUCAAAGAUAAAAUAUCAUCAAUAUGCUUCUCUUGGGUCUCUUGAGGCCAUGCCGCGUUAGUUUUUUUUUCCCCGUGUUCCUCUGUUCAUGUUUGUCUACCAUCUUCCAUCCUCUAGUUUUGCCCUGUAGGACUUAAGAUGACAAACUCGAAUACCAUACCAAGUGUCUACAUUUUCUUACCUUUUGAGCCGAACUUCACCAAAGUGAGGCGUUUACAUUUUUGUAGAGUAGAUCCAUUCUCUCCUCCAUGCAACCAUCCUCUGUCAACACCCUGAUCUGAUUCUGAUUGUAAAUAGCUUCAUCCUGCAGUCCGCUAAGCGCAGGCAAAGUAAACACAGAUGAAUUGUUAAAGGCCUUUGUCUGUUCAUAGUUUUUUUUUCAUAAUUUGCAUUAUCCCUCAUAUCUAUUUUUUUUACUUGUGUUAUUUAUGUUGGGGUCGAAGUCAGCGAUGCAUCGUCAUGCACAAUGUCUGUCAUGUGACAUGAAUAAUGGUCACCACACUUUUUCAGAACAGGAUGAAAGAAAUUGUGCUUAAGGACAAAUUAAACAACCGAAUGCCUCAUUAAAUGC